AUGGCAUCCGAAGUCGACCCCGCAAAUAUCCAGGGCAGUAUCUGGCCCCGUCUUCCCCGGUAUUACGAAAGCUUCCUAUUUUUCAAGAUCAAAGAUCUCGAAGAGGACCGCUCCUAUACCAGAUUCAAAGAAGACCUGAGGAAGCUGGUGGAAUCCGGUAAAAUUACUACGGGAAGCCAGUGCAAGGAUUAUCUCGAGCAACAUGGGGGCGUGAAUGAGGCCCGGGAAAGAGUGGACACUCAACCUGAAGAGCGCGUCACGUUCAAUGCGAUCAACAUUACCUUCUCUGGCAAGGGCACGACCAAGCUGGUUGGGCCGUAUGACGAGCUAAAGCUCCGGGACCUCCUGCAUGAGCUCACUGGCUCCCGAGUACCGGCCACCCCCGGCUGGCACAACAAUGACAACUGGCGAUGCGACGGGAUGUUCAUUGUCGCCGCUCAGCGUGAGGACGAACUGGAGGCCACGAUCAAGGACCUCAAGAGCUAUUUCCGCAUUGCAGACGAUCAUACCGUUGACUCCCCUGAGGCCAGCGCGAAGAUCACGCUGACCAAGCAUGGAAACGUUCGCAAUGCGGAUGGAAAAGCGCAGCGGAGGGAAAUUCCUGACGAGAAGAACCCCUCAAAGAAGCGUCUGGAAAACCUCAGGGGCAAGGAACAUCUCGGAUAUGAGGACCACAUUUCGCAGCCUGCCAUUGAAGGCCUGGAUCCGCAACCAAAGGAGGGCGAACCUGCGGCCAUUGCCCCGGGUAAUGUGAUCUUCCUCAACCGCCGGGGAGAUAACACCAAGUCGCCGGCGUGGGCCACAGAUGGCAGUUAUUUAGCCUUCCGUGAGAUCGAGGAGAGAGUGCCCGAAUUCAACAAAUUCGUGAAGACUCAGUCCGAGAAGAUGCAGAAUUUCAAUGACGGCACCGGCGAGAAGCUGGCCGCCUAUAUGAUCGGACGAUGGAAGAACGGCUCCCCCGUGGCGCUGGACACCGAAGACUCUGUGGCCCAACAUCCCUUUGCCAACAACUUCGAGUUCAAGCAGAACUAUUCCAGCUCGAAGGAAAUCAGGUGUCCGAUUGCCGCGCACAUUCGCAAGAUGCGCCCUCGUGCCGAUCUCUAUAUUUCAAAAGAUGGCGGGGAGGUCUCUGCGCAGACAAACUACUGGAAUAACACGAACGUGAUUCUGCGUCGCAGCGUCACCUUUGGUCCAGAGCUCCAGCCGGGCGAAGAGGAGAUGGACCCCGCAGAGCGCCCCAAGCGAGGCAUUUACUUCAUGUGCUACCAGGGUGACCUUCGGAAUGGCUUAAACUUCUUAACGAGUCGCUGGGCCAGCAACGAAGUCUUUGCGGGCAAGGGCAAGCUGCAGGAACGCCCUGGCCAGGACCCCAUCGUCAGCCAGCGCAACCGUCCAGACCACCCGGAGCCCGUCUUCGGUAUAUUUGACGGCGAGCAGCCGAAGGAGCUGCAGCUGGGAUAUCUGCCAUGGAUUGACCAGCGUGGCGGGGAGUAUUUCUUCACGCCGUCGAUGGAGGCCCUGAGGGGGGUGUUUGUGGAUGAGGUGGAGUAA